CCCCACUCAUUCACCCACUGCGACGCCAUGCAUGCCUGGGGGUUUGAGGCAGAACAACACACCUCGAGGGACUGUUCUGCGUUUGGAAAGUACAUCCAGGAGAAUCGCCGCCGCAACGCGACUCGGGUUCUCGAUUCACUUUACCAUUUUAGAGUUGGCGCUGCCCAUGCGAACCCCCUGAAAGACAGUGCGAAUCGCAUCGGCUGUUGAUUUCAAUUCCCGGCUUCUCGCAAAUCGCAAUCAUACCACACCACGUCCCAAGACGGCAUCGCGCAGACCACACCCGAUCGGCCCGCCCCUCUCGCGCAUCGCAGCAAACGGUUCCUCCCUUGCGGCGCACUCCGCGAUUCCGUUUGAUGGGGAUGCAGUCUCUCUUCAGCGUCCACAACAACGUGUCGCUCAUCAGCAUCAACAUUGCGCCGAGUGCCUGGGUCGCUUCCCUGGUACUCUCCCUCGUCUUUGUUUUCCUGUAUCUGCUCUACCAACCUCUGCCCUCUUUCCGCUGGACAAGAUUAUUGUUCAAGCGCAGCAGGCAACAACCACGAAAAGCCGCACCGCCCAUUGUAGAGGAGGAGGAGGACGACACUUAUUCCGAAGAGGAACCACCCCGACGACGACAUAUCGAGCACACCCCCUUGCCGCCUCUGCUCACCGAAUAUCCCUAUCCGUUUGACCGUAUCGACAGCGACAGCGGCAAGGACAGCGAACGAAGGGAGAAAUCAAGCCGCAAACAACAGCUGCGGAGUAGCGACAGACACAGCGAUACCCUCGGUCCUCUCGAUCAACUCGACGUGUCUCUGGACGACUUCGCGCACCCGAUUGGGAACCAGAGGCGGCUGCCGUUCGGCUACCCGUCGGCCCACUCGGCGUUCCGGAGCGACAACCUGAGCGAGACGGACGAUCUGGAUUCGGAGGCUUCCGCCGGUGGCUACAGUCCGCCCGCGUGGAGGCGCCUCGGCAACGGCGACCGCAGCAGCGGCUUCUGGAGGAAAGGUGAAGACCUCGCCAUGGCCUACGACGGGGACGACGACGACGUCUUUGGCGGGCCCCGCUCCAGGGAGAGCAGUCCCGAGUACGAGAGCGCCGACGAGGGCGACGCCGUCCUCGCGCAGGCUAUCAGGACCAGGCUACCCACGGGGAGCCUGUCGCCCGAGAAGGAGAGGAGUCCGGAGCCCGAAUUCCAUCCGGCGCACCAGCAUAUUGACGAAAUCGUCGGUAUAAAACGGGAAAAUGAUGGGGCGCUGGCCCUGCGUGACCUCAAAGACGGGAGGCUCGCGCCAAAGGAGGUGUCAGACAAUUUUAUUCGCUUUGCCGUCAGGGCAGAAGUUCAGCAGCGAACCGAGCCCAUCGAGAUGGCCAUCAACUUCGUUCGCAGGAGGUUUGGCGCCAUAACCAGGUCGUGGACGUCCAUGUUCUUUUCGUUUAUUAUCGCCAUGUUGUCCUACGCGGCGCUGCGGUGGAUUUCACAACCGGCCGCAAUGCGGCCAGUCCCCGACCUAGUCAAGGUUGCUGGCGUUGCCCGCUCCCUCGAACCGCUGAUAUACUACUCCGAAAACGGGAUCCAGCAGGUCGGCGAUCUCCAAGCAACAGGCGUCGCAGUCUGGGACCUCGGCGAGAGUGUCCGAAGCAGUAACCUGACCUCGGCUCCCCUCAUUGUUAAGGAGCUCGAUGAGCUCAGUGACAGCCUCAAGACGCUAGCCAUUGAACUUACAAAGUUCUUUGCCAACGUCGACGGCGAUAUCGACGGCAUCCUUAUCGUUAUGGACUGGGCCCGCCGCGAGCUCUCGCAAGUCCAGCAUCUACCCACCCUUCCCCUCUCCUCCGCCUUCGAUAACAUCCACAACCUCCUCUCCAACGCCGGCAUCCUCGAGGACCCGCUCACCGGCCUACCCACCCGCUUCGGCGCGGUCAUGACCUCCCUCUUCGGCCACUCCACCCCGCAGCGCACCAAGCAAACCCUCCAGCGCACCUUCAACGAGUUCCUCACCGUGCUCGAAGACGCCGUCGCGUCCGAACUCCAGCACUCCCUCGCCCUAUUCGCGCUCUUCGAAGCAAUCGACCACCAAUUCCUCAACCUCGCGCGCACCGUCAUCCGCGAGGCCUCCCUCCAAGACGAAGCGCACACAGACCUCCUCUCCUCCUUAUGGACGCGCAUCCUGGGCCCCAACGCGUCCGCCGUCGCCAAGUACGAGCGCAACCGACAACUCCUGCAAAACGUGCGCGAGAAGACGGUGCGCAACAAGGGCGUGCUGGUCGAGCACAACCACCGCCUGCUCGCGCUCAAGGCCAAGCUCGAGAACCUGCGCCGCGUCCUCGUCUCCCCGCUCGUCCGCUCCGUCAACUCGUCCACCCUCACCCUCGCCGACCAGAUCCGCGGCCUCGAGGACGCCGGCUCCCACCUCGAGGACGUGCGCGUGCAGCAGAAGAGCAAGCUGUUCCAGACCCUGUACGGGAGCGGCAGCGGCAGUGGUGCGGCCCGCUUGCCUCCGGCUGUUGAGGGCGGGGGUGGUGCGGGUGGUGCGGGUGGUGCGGGGCGGCGGUUUAUUAGGAAGGUUUGA